AUGGAGGAACCAAAAUAUGAUUCCGAAAAGGGUAAUCCCCCUCUCACUACCACUGACACUGGUAGCCGAGAGGCAUACAUGGCGGAUACAAAGGCACCUUGGUCAACAAGAUUCGUCGACAGCUUCAAGAGAGAUCCUAAUGCUGCUGUAACAAAGCCAAGUCAAAGAGGUCUCGAUGGACUCGAAUCACAUGUCUCAGGAUUUGAUCACAGAGCUGCUGCUGAAGCUACUGCCAAUUCUGGUUUGGCUAGAGAAUUGAAACCUCGUCAUUUGCAGAUGAUUGCAAUUGGUGGUUCCAUCGGUACUGGUCUUUUCGUCACAUCUGGAGCUGCUUUGUCAAGUGGUGGCCCAGCUUCCCUCAUCAUUGCAUAUGGUAUCAUCGGUAUAAUGUUGUUCUGUACUGUUCAUGCAUUGGGAGAAAUGGCUGUCGUUUUCCCUGUCUCUGGUUCCUUCUCUGCUUACUCUACACGAUUCAUCGACCCUGCUUGGGGAUUCGCAAUGGGAUGGAAUUAUGCUAUUCAAUGGCUUGUCGUCUUACCUCUGGAAAUCGUUGCUGCUUCAAUUACUUUAGACUAUUGGCCUGGUGCAGCUAACACUAAUGCGGCUGCUUGGGUUACGAUUUUCUUCGUGGUUAUCGUUGCGAUCAACUUCUUUGGUGUCAAAGGUUAUGGAGAGGCCGAGUUCGUCUUCUCAAUCAUCAAGGUCGCUGCAGUCAUUGGAUUUAUUAUUCUUGGUAUCGUUCUCAACACUGGAGGACAAAUCGGAGGCGGAGAAUAUAUCGGAGCUCGUUAUUGGUAUCCCAAUACCGUCCCAUCCACGUAUGCUGGUUACGACGAUCCGUCAAACCAGAACGCUGAUGGAACUCCUCUCCAGAUUGUAUCCGGUGCCUUUAACAAUGGUUUCAAGGGUCUUUGCUCUGUAUUUGUCACAGCUGCAUUUUCUUUCUCUGGUACUGAGCUUGUUGGUUUGGCAGCAGCUGAAACCGCCAACCCACGCAAAACCCUUCCAACUGCCAUCAAGCAAGUUUUCUGGCGUAUAUGUCUCUUCUACAUGGUUGCCUUGACCUUAGUCAGUGUUCUUGUACCAUACGGAGACCAGCGACUAUUGGGAUCCAGUUCCACUGAUGCCAAGGCCUCCCCAUUUGUUAUCGCUAUCAACAAUGCUAGAAUUGGCGUUCUUCCUUCAAUCAUGAACGUUGUUAUUCUUAUCUCUGUUCUUUCAGUCGGAAACUCCUCCAUUUACGGCUCCUCGCGUACUCUUGCCGCUCUUGCAGAACAAGGUCAAGCCCCAAAGUUCCUUGCCUAUAUUGAUCGCAAAGGACGUCCUCUCUUUUCGAUCAUUUUGGCUUCAGUUAUCGGGCUUCUCUGCUACGUCGUAGCUGGUGGACCAAGUACCGCUGCCACAGCUCUUAACUGGCUUUACUCUCUUUCCGGUCUUUCCUCCCUCUUCACAUGGGGAUCCAUCUGCCUCGCACAUAUCCGAUUCCGCGCUGCAUGGAAAGCACAAGGUCACACCCUUGAUGAACUAGCCUUCACGUCCCAAGUCGGAAUUAUUGGUUCGUGGAUCGGAUUCAUUCUCAAUUGCCUAGUACUCAUUGCACAAUUCUGGACAGCUAUUUGGCCAAUCGGAUAUGCAUCGAUGUCCCAAACUGACAUUGCGAAAAAUUUCUUCCUCGCGUAUUUGGCGGCUCCGGUUGUCUUGGCCUUCUACAUUCCUUACAAGCUUUGGUAUAAAACUCCAUUCAUGAAGGCAAUGGACAUGGAUUUGGACACAGGAAAGAGAGAUCUUGAUACUCCUGCAUUGAUCGAACAAGAUCGUCUUGAGAAGGCUUCGUGGCCUGCGUGGAAAAGAGCUUACAAGACUAUGUGUUAA